CAGUCCCAUCUCACUACACCGCACUCCGGCUCCCCCUCUGUCAGAUAGAGGCUGCUCUCUCUCUCUUGCUCCCCCUCUCCGCCUCUGUCUGUCUCGUUUCCACAAGAGCCAGCCGAGGUCCCCCAGGGUCGAAGGUUCUGCCCUGCCCGCCCAGACUGCAACCCCCGCCGGCCGCCAAAAUCUGCAUUCUCCCGCAUGGAUCUGCGUCUUCUGACAGCGUAGAGGGCGACCCCGGAACACGUAUCAGCCAGAACGAAGAUUGCUGUGUGGUCGUGGUUCAGUGUGAUUGAUCCGGUCGUGUGCACGAGGUGGUUAUAGUUCUGAGCAGCGGUUCUGAAGGAUGACCGCUGAACAGUUCGGCCUUGGAUCCUGGUGAACGGUGUCUGAUGUCCGAACUGCGGAAGCAUGGCUCAUGGAAUCGCCUCUCAGGGCAAAGUGACCAUCACAGUGGACGAGUACAGCUCCAACCCCACACAGGCCUUCACUCACUACAACAUCAACCAGAGCCGCUUUCAACCUCCACAUGUCCACAUGGUGGACCCUACCCCGUAUGACACUCCUAAGCCAGCAGGACACACGCGGUUUGUGUGUGUGUCGGACACACACUCCCGUACAGAUGGGAUCCAGAUGCCCUAUGGUGACGUGCUGCUCCACACGGGAGACUUCACUGAGCUGGGCCUGCCCUCUGAGGUCAAGAAGUUCAACGACUGGCUAGGUGGUCUACCGUAUGAGUUUAAGGUGGUGAUAGCAGGGAACCAUGAGCUGACCUUCGAUAAGGACUUUAUGGCCGAGCUGGUCAAGCAGGAUUACUACCGUUUUCCCUCCGUGUCCAAACUGAAGCCUGAGGACUUUGAUGACGUCCAGGACCUCCUCACUAACUGUGUGUACCUCCAGGACUCUGACGUCACCGUCAAAGGCUUCCGGAUAUACGGGACGCCAUGGAGCCCGUGGUUUAACGGCUGGGGGUUCAACCUGCCCAGGGGCCAGUCUCUGCUGGAUAAAUGGAACCAAGUCCCUGAUGGCAUUGACAUCCUCAUGACCCACUGCCCUCCCCUCGGGUUCAGAGACUGGGUUCCUAAGGAGCUGCAGAGGGUGGGCUGUGUGGAGCUGCUCAACACGGUCCAGAGGAGGGUCCGACCCAAACUCCACGCCUUCGGAGGAAUACAUGAAGGGUAUGGCAUCAUGACUGACGGCUGCACAACGUUCAUCAACUCCUCCACGUGCACGGUCAGCUUCCAGCCCACCAAUCCCCCAAUCGUGUUCGACCUGCCCAACCCCUCCUCCAGCUCUUGAGAAUGACCUCUGACCCAGAGGGUGAAGUGGGGGUGCGGGGGUUGUCGGCCAGAAUAAACUACUUUUUUUUUUCUAACAAAUAAUGUCUAAAUAGUUAUACUAAGUGUUUCUCUCAAAUAUUGUUCUUUUGUAAGCUGUAAAGUGAAAAAGUGUGGGGAGGGUAUAGGGUUAGGGGUGGGUGGGUGGGCAGGUAAUAGGGUGCUGAGUGGUUAUACAAUCUAGCUAUUGAAGAAAAAAGCAGUCGGAUCUGUAAGAUAAAUGAUGCUUUGUGAAUUUGUACAAUUUCAUUAGUUUUUGGGGUUUGUGUUUGCUGGAAACAUCGGUAUUGGAUGCCAUUGUUGAUUUUGAACGUCCUUGUUUUUUGUGUUCGGUUUCAUUUUGUUUUCCUGGACAAUUCUGCUUUCUGAUUGGCUGACAGGGACGAUGCCUUAAACUAGCUUUACCGUUCUCAGCUAGAGCCUCACUCUCUGCAAGCUCAGAGAAAGACCUUAUUUAUUGUUAACCCAAUCAAACUACACCACACAGAGCAGGGAAAGAAAUCUAGCAAAUUAUACGCUUGAGAUAACUCUAACAUCUACCAUCUGCAAUUCUGAUACAUGUGGAGAAAAUAAAGUAUGUAUAUUUAUAUAGAUACUGUAUUCAUGUUGUAAAAUAUCUGUACUAAAAGUUGUUGGUUCAAAACAUCCUUUUGGGAUUUUCUUUCUUGUGUCUUUGCCUGGAUUUGAUUUAGCUUCUUCCUUUGCCACUCCCAUCAAAUGUUCUUCAAACGUUUCUUUAAUGUUCAUGUUUUACUCCCACUGUUAGGGUCUUUGAGUGCUAUUGGGGGUGGAGGCUUUUGUUCCAGUCCAGCAGGAACACACAUCACCCUAUAUAAUGUAGUUGUUUAUUUGAUGGAGGUUUUUUAGUGCUGGGCUGGAACAAAAGCCUGCCCAGGACCAGAGUUGGAGGCCCCUAAUGUAGAGGUUCAUGGAUGAGAGAGGAAAUGUUUUUAGAGUUUAAGACUCAAUAUCCGACAGGUGGUGGGGUUGGUUUUCUUUUACAACACACCUGCCUAAAAAAGUUUUAGUUGUCCUUUCGAUUGUAAAUCUGAUAGUAUUUGUGUUUUUAUAGCUUUCUUCUCAUUUUGCACUGUGUGUAAAUGCAAUCUUGCUAGCACAAAAUAAUGUUGCCAAAACCUGUCUCAACUUUGCAACUGUAAAUGCUCCUUUGCGCUCUGUUUUCUUUCUCUAGCUAUUUGUCUCUUCUGUUUCUCUGGCUGGUAGUUUCUUCCUUGUAGGUCUGGUCUCUCUUUCUUUCAGUUCAUUGUGAUAUAUUUAGCUGCUUUUAUAUGCAAAUAAAAUUGCAAGAUUUUUACUUAAGAA